AUGGAAAAUAAUACUACACCGGUCGUUACACCUAUAUGUAACAUCGAUAAGAAACAUCCUAAUCAAACGUACAUCUCAGCAUGGCGCAACAAGGACGAGCUCCAGUCGGUGUAUGAUAAGAUAUUCAACUCAGGUGCGGACGAUAUCGCAUCGAAAGAGGAAGCCCUCCAGUGGUUAUACAUGUGGAAGAUACGUCAGGUGAAAGAUUUUCCCGUCUGUGUGCGGUGUACGCUUGUGGUGCUGGAGGCACAGGUGUUCGAUUUGCGCAUGCAGCGCAAUGAAAAAGACGGCAAUGCGAAGGAAAGCAGAAACAUCUAUUCCGGCGCUUUUACGCGCUUUAUUAACUUCCUGACGGAAAGUAGUGGCACGCGGAAGAAAAGUAUCGCCGACUCGGUACGGGACAUUGGCAUCGAGACGUAUCUGGUCGAGCUGAGGCACCUGUGCGCCCACCGGUCCAUAUCGAUCUCGAUCGAUGUGUUCCGCCGGUCGGCAGAGUAUUGUAUGGAUUGGUUGAACAAAGCCUACUGGCAGCGGGAACUCGCCAGUAUGGAAUCGGUCGAUCCAUGGACGUUGAAAUAUUGCUACAUGGCGGAAGACGAACUUCCCGAUAUGAGUCUCAUUCUGCGUACGUACGAUGCAGUGUCGGCUGCUCGUGUAAGGAAUGCUUACACGCUGGAUAUGGCAAUCGAAAAUGUUGGCUUAACACCGGAGGAAGUGAAGCUGUUGGAAACAUUUGCGGAAAAGCACCGAUCCUAUCGGCUGCGCAUAAUUGCGAAACAAACGAUACAGCAACUGCGGGAAUUGCCACUUCCAAAAACACAAGCCGCAGUAAAUGCGGUCUGCAGAGCGUUGUUCGAUAACUGCAAGCGAAUGUUCCAAGAUGCCGUGGAGUAUGGCAAUGAUGAGAAUGCACCCUUGGGGACGAUGCACAGCGAACUGUUCCGAGCACUGGCUGCCAUGGGUUGCCUGCAGACGCUGUUCGAGCAGCUGAUCGUAAUGUGCGAACGUGCCAAUGUCAUGAAUGCCCAUCAACGGCCAUGGGCAAUGUAUUGGGCACACAGAAUAGCGGUCGGGUAUCAGCUUCUGAAGGAGUACAAAAGAUACUGCAGCACAUUGCCACCGGAAAAGGUGUCCCGGAUGGGUCAGGUACCUCGCGUUCUUCUGGCGAAAGAGUGGUACGCACAGCGUCUAAAGUCGGCCGCCAAACAGCAUCUGAUGUUGGGCCUGUACGUGGAUUGUCCGUGGCAUUUGAAACUUUCCCGCACGUACGUGCUGGCGAGAUUAAUGGCAAUGAAUGAGUACACGAAGGAUAUCGUGCCGGUAUUACUUACCCUGCAAGAACCACCGCUGUCAGACGAACAACAGCUCAAGAUCCAACGGUUAACACAGAUUUACUACAGUGAUAGUAGUAACGUCCUCAUCGAUGCUUCCGGUGCGAAGAACCCGCCGAAACAGAACAGCAAAGUAACAAGUGAUCGCAACGGAAGUAACACGGAUUCGUCCAAAAUUUACACAGCACAAGAUCUCAAAGAAGCGAUCGCUAAAAUACGCAACAAGUCCAAAAGCACGGAAGAAACAAUUCCUGCAAAGCGAGCCAAACGGUACGGACCAUGGAAGGAACCGGAUCAAACACUGGACUGGAGCCACUACCCGCUAGGAACGUGCCGAACAUAA